AUGAACAACAACGACACAGCACCAACGACCACAUCUCCUCUCCUCUCAGAGUCGCGCUACCUCUUCUUUUCUCAGUCUUUGUCUGAUUUUGAUUUCUUCCACAUGCGCUCCUCCUUUUGUGACGACAUCGACGAGAUAGGGUCGACGGCGUCAUAUCCUUUCCUCAAUUCCUCUCUCAUAUCAGUUUAA